AUGGCUGGUAAGAUUGGAACUCUUGGAGUUGGUUUUCUGGUUUUAUUAGCAUUAUCAUCUGCAGCAGUUUCAGCACAUGAAGAAAUGUUGGGCUCACAACCUUCAAGCCAGAAUAUUACUGGGAAAGAGGUUCAAUCUCACUUGGGUUAUAAGCAUGUGUGGCCUGAUAUCAGAUUUGGUGGGAAAAUCGCGGUGGGUACGAUGAUUGCAUUUGUUGGAGCAGCAUUUGGGAGUGUGGGAGGUGUUGGUGGGGGUGGCUUUUUCAUCCCAAUGCUCACCCUCAUUAUUGGAUUUGACCAGAAAUCAUCAAUUGCAGUCUCCAAAUGUAUGAUCACAGGCACAGCAACAGCAACGGUCAUGUAUAAUUUAAGGCGAAGGCAUCCUACACUUGACCUGCCCAUCAUUGACUAUGAUCUCGCUCUUCUUUUCCAACCUGUGUUGGUUCUUGGGAUCAGCAUUGGAGUUUCUUUGAAUGUGGUUCUUUCUGACUGGAUGAUCACCAUCCUACUAUUUAUUGUGCUCUUAGGGGUAUCAACUAAGUCGUUCUUCAAGGGUGUUGAGACAUGGAAAAGAGAAACUAUAACUAAAAAGGCAGGCUUUAAACUUUUCUUUGUUCUUCAAGUUGAUUAUGUUGAAGACAAACAUAUUCCGGGAGGCCCAAGCAAUGGCACUCUAACAGAAACCAAGGAACCUGAACGAACAGCGGUUCCUGUUCUAGAUAAUGUUCGCUGGAAGGAACUUGGAGUAAUUGUUGCUGUAUGGAUCAUAAUACUGGCAUUGCAGAUUGUUAAGAAUUAUGUGACAAAAUGUUCACUGACAUAUUGGUUGGUAGAACUCUCACAGAUUCCGGUGGCUGUUGGUGUAACUUCAUAUCAGGCAGUUAACCUGUACAAAGGCCGGAGAGUAAUUGCAUCCAAGGGAGAAGAAACCACAAAGUGGCCAUUGUACAAGCUUGUUUCUUAUUGUGCCUGUGGCACAGCAGCUGGUAUGCUUGGUGGAUUGCUUGGCCUCGGUGGAGCGUUUAUGUUGGGUCCAAUGUUUUUGGAGAUGGGAAUUCCUCCUCAGGUGUCAAGUGCCACGGCCACCUUUGCCAUGACAUUCUCUUCAUCCAUGUCUGUUGUAGAAUACUACCUCCUAAACCGUUUUCCAGUUCCCUAUGCUCUCUACUUUGCUGCUGUGACUACUGUUUCUGCAAUCGCAGGGCAACAUGUGGCAGGAAAGGUGAUUAAGAAAUUAGGAAGAGCAUCUUUGAUUAUCUUCAUUCUAGCUUUCACAGUAUUUGUGAGUUCACUGAUGUUAGGUGGGAUUGGCGUAAAAAACAUGAUUAAAAAUAUUGAGCAUAAAGAUUCCUUGGGAUUUCAGAACAUCUGCACUUGAAGAACCUCGUCUUCUUAAGGGCCUUAACUAGGUUUUCCAGAAACUUCGCAAUGUCGUUAUCAUUUUAUAUCCAGUCUUUGAGCCAAAGAAUUUGUAAAGCAGCUUUAAGUUUUGGGGUAGAAAUAUUUAUCACA